UCACAUCCUUUUUUAAAGCUUUGCCCUCUUUCUUCAAAGCAAAAUCGCGGCUUCUCAGUUUCACCAUCAAUGGGUAGUAAGAAGAGAAGCAGCGCCGAUUCAUCGGAAGAUGUCGAGAAGAAGAACCACACCGAUUCCUUCAUGAAGAAGAAGAAGAAAUCCAAGCGUGAUAAGAUGAACGCUGACGAUUCCGAUGCCGCGGCGGCGGCGGCGGCGCCUCAUCCCGGCGUCGCGUGUACCGGUAAAGACAUGGAGAAGAGGAAGAAGAGGAAAGCUUCUGACAAGGAGAGAAAACGCGCCGCUCUCGAUAACGACGGCGACCUUCCCCGGCCGGCAAAGCCCCCUGCGGCGGUGGUUUCCGAAUCGAACUCCGACGGCCCUGAAACGUCUUCCGCCGCCGCCGCAUCUUCCUCUUUGCCGGAGUUGCCUCUUAGCUAUUUCAGAGACUUGGCUUCUCCUGAGGGUUCCGUUAGAGAAGCGGCUGCUACCUCAUUGGUGACGAGGCUGCAAGAGAUUCAGAAGCAGUACGAGAUGUUGCCUGAUAAGGAAUCCGUCGACGGAGGAUUGAUGCUCGAAGCUGAGAAGAACGACGGUUUGGAUAACUGUGCGCCGCAUCUCAGAUACGCUCUACGGAGGCUUAUUCGUGGUGUCUCUUCUUCAAGAGAGUGUGCAAGACAAGGAUUUGCUUUGGGGCUGACGUUACCUGUUAGCUUAAUCUCUAGCAUUAAUGUGGAGUCGCUACUGAAGCUCAUUUCUGAUUCUUUGUCCGUGUCUUCAUCCAUGAAGGGACAGGAUGUAAAAGAAUGCUUAUUGGGUAGGUUGUUUGCGUACGGUGCGCUAGCACGAUCUGGAAGACUUGUUGAAGCCUGGAAGUCUGAUAAAGACUCUCAGAUCAUCAAAGAGUUUACCAAUGCUCUCAUUGGUCUUGCUGCGAAGAAACGUUACUUGCAGGAGCCAGCUGUUCAUGUUCUUCUAGACUUUGUUGAGAAGCUGCCUGCUGAAGCUGUUGUGACUCAUGUUAUGGAAGCUCCAGAGCUUCAUAAGUGGUUUGAACAAGCCACCGAGGAUGGAAACCCUGAUGCUUUGCUCCUAGCGCUCAAUCUCCGUGAGAAGAUUUCAGUUGAUCAUCCUGUCUUUGGCAAGCUUCUACCAGUUCCUUUCAGUUCCGGGAAGUUUUUUUCUGCUGAUCAUCUCUCAGUCAUUGGUGAUUGCUUGAAGGAAUCUACUUUCUGUCAGCCUCGUGUUCAUAGCUUAUGGUCUGUCAUUCGCGACAUGCUGUUGCCGGAAGCUGUUGUUCAAGGCGAAGAUGUCUCAUCGGCUCCGAGUUCCUCCAAAAAGCAAAAGAGAAACCGCAAGUCCAACCCCAUAGAAGAAGAGGCCACAAAUAACAGUCGGAGUUUCUGCGAAAUUUUUAUGGAAGGAACCCUGCUUUCUUCAUCUCAUGAUCGCAAGCAUUUGGCAUUCGAUAUCCUGCUUCUUCUUCUCCCAAAGCUCCCUGCCAGUUUCGUCCAACACUUCUUAUCGUUGAAGUUUGUUCAGUGCCUCAUGGAUAUACUCUCCACAAAGGACUCUUGGCUGCAUAAAGUUGCAACUCAUUUCCUCGCGGAGUUGAUAGAUUGGGUGAAAGACGAUGAUACCAAGAGGGUGGCUGUUACCAUGGCUCUUCAGAAACACAGUGAAGGAAAGUUUGACAAUAUUACGCGUACAAAAACUGUGAAAGAUCUAGCUGCUGAUUUUGAAACUGAAGAGGGUUGCACGCUUUUCCUCCAGAACUUGAUGAACUUGUUUGUGGAUGAACAGCAUGUUCCUGAGGAACCUUCAAGUAUGAAAUGGGCGCUAGAACCUUCCUCUCUCAACUCAGAUCAGAGUCAAACAACAGACGAUAAUUCUGAGAUAGGUUCAAACGAGGAGAAGGAUUCGAUUGGAACAACUGUAAACUCAGAUGUUCUGAAAAGCUGGGUCAUUGAGUCUCUCCCUGGCAUUUUAAAACAUGCCAAAUUGUCCCCAGAGGCCAAACUACGAGUGCAGAAGCAGAUCCUGAAAUUUCUAGCUGUUCAAGGUCUAUUUGUGGCUUCUCUAGGCACUGAAGUCACGUCAUUUGAGUUGCAGGAGAAAUUUAAGUGGCCGAAGACAGCUACUCCCACUGCUCUUUGCAAAAUGUGCAUCGAACAGCUUCAGCUACUGCUGUCGAAUUCUCAAAAGAUUGAGAAUCCGAUACCUAAGGAGAGUGGCUUGGAGCAGCCCGAGGAUCCUGUUUCCUACUUCAUGAAAUUUCUUAGCACGCUGCAGAGUAUUCCCUCGGUUUCUCUCUUUCGUUCCUUGAAUGAAGCAGAUGAAAAGGCUGUCAAAGAAUUACAAGAAACAGAAAGUAAACUCUCAGAGGAGGAAAGGAAUUGUGGAUUAUCUGCUGAUGCAAGUAAGUAUCAUGCAUUGAGGCACUUAGUCGUUCAGCUGUUGCUUCAAAUACUCCUCCAUCCGGGAGACUUCUCGGAAGCUGCAAGUGAACUUUCAGUAUGCUGUGACAAAGCUUUCAGUUCCUCCUCUACUGAUGGCGAAGGUGAGGCUGAUGGUGAAGAAGAACCAGCAGUCAUGGAUGUCCUCGUGGACACAUUACUUUCUCUCUUGCCACAUUCUUCAGCUCCAAUGCGAUCUUCCAUUGAGCAGGUUUUCAAGUACUUCUGUCAAGAUGUUACCAAUGAUGGACUGUUGAGAAUGCUACGUGUGAUCAAGAAAGAUCUAAAACCGGCUAGACAUCAGGACGACCAAGACUCUGAGGAUCUUGACGAUGAUGAAGAUCUUCUGGCUAUUGAAGAUGAAGAAGAAGAAGAAGAAAACGAGGAAAUGGGUGAGACUGGUGAGAGCGAUGAUCCAACUGACGAUUCUGAAACAGUUACUGGCGUUGCCCGUAUGGCAGUUGACAGAGAAGCUCCUGAAAAUUCGGAUGACUCUGAUGACUCUGAAGAAGAAGAAGAUGAUGGGAUGGAUGACGAUGCAAUGUUCCGUAUGGACACUUAUUUGGCACAGAUAUUCAAGGAGAAGAGGAAUCAAGCUGGCGGCGAAACUGCUCAGUCCCAGCUUGUGCUGUUUAAACUCCGUGUCCUAUCCCUUCUCGAAAUCUACCUUCAUGAAAAUCCAGGUAAUCCUCAAGUUAUGACAGUGUACUUAAACCUAGCUCAGGCACUAGUGAACCCAAGCACUGCAGAAAGUAGUCAGCAGCUUUUACAGCGUAUAUGGGGUAUCAUCCAGAAGAAGAUCUUCAAGGCUAAAGAGUUAUUCAAGGAUGAAUCUAUUGAACUACCUGCACUUGCUUCUUUAUUGGAGAAGAAUCUUAAACUGGCGGCAAAGCCAUUCAAGAGUAAGAAGUCAGGUGUUGAUCCUUCCAAGAAGAUGCAGUCUGCUGCGUGGAACCGACACAAGAUGAUCGCUAACCUUGCCCAGAACUCAACCUACUGGGUUCUGAAGAUAAUCGACUUGAGAAAGUUCUCAGAGACCGAACUGGAGAAGAUCGUGGAUGUGUUUAGGAGUGUCCUUGUCGGGUACUUUGAUAGCAGCAAGAAGUCUCAGAUAAAGGUAGACUUUCUUGAGGAAGUGUUUAGAAGGAGACCGUGGAUUGCACACCAGCUGUUUGGAUUUAUUCUGGAGAAAAUUGUUAAUCCGAAGGUUGAGUAUCGUAGAGUGGAAGCUCUUGAAUUGAUCUCUGAAGCUUUAAGGUCGUUGGCUCCUAUAGGCAAAGAGACGCAAGAAGAGUCGAAGAAGAAAAUGAAGAGCCAUCUGGUGAAACUGAGUCAUUUUAUUAAAGUGCUUGUUACAAAUAUGCCGGAGAAGCAAGCAAGGCGGGCUAAGGUGCGCAAGUUCUGUGGCAGGGUCUUUAGAAUGGUCUCUUCGUUGAAACUCACCAAGUCUCUCCUCAAGGGUUUGGGAGAAGAUGGCCAAACAGCUUGUGAAACUGCACUUGGUCAUCUGUUUAUGAAUCUCAAGAACACUGAGGAUUAAUAGGCAUACAACCAGAAUCACCUGGUGAAAACAAUCUUCCUUUUUCAUGUUUUUUCUCUCUCAUCUUUUUGUUUUUUGCUGAAUGAAACUAGAAGGAUCUGAAUCUAAGUUUGAAUUGGAUUUCCCUUAUUUAUUUGAUUCCUGAAUUUCUACGUUACUUACAUUGGUCACUUUGUUUGUCCUCAAUAGAUGUUUAUUGAUAGUUCAGCGGUUAUGUUUUCA